GGAGGCAGCCGGCGCGGCGGAGCCCGCGGGGGGCGAUGUGAGAGCGGCUCGGGGGGGGGGGGGGGGUGGUCUCGGAGCCGAGGGGUCCCGGACCGGGGACGGGGGGGUCGCCAUGUGGCUGAAGCCCGAGGAGGUGCUGCUGAAGAACGCCCUCAAGCUCUGGGUCACGCAGAAGAGCAGCGGCUACUUCGUGCUGCAGCGCCGUCGGGGGCACGGCGACGCCGGAGGGCGCUUCACGGGUCGCCUGGUGGGUGCCCUGGAUGCCGUGCUGGAUUCUAACGCGCGCGUCGCGCCCUUCCGAAUUUUACUGCAAGUCCCAGGCUCACAGGUUUACUCUGCCAUUGCUUGUGGUGCCACUGCAGAGGAGAUAAAUCAGCACUGGGAAUGGCUGGAACAAAACUUGCUCCAUACUUUGUCUGUUUUUGACAAUAAAGAAGAUAUUGUUAGUUUUGUCAAAGGGAAAGUAAAGGCUCUGAUUGCAGAGGAAACGAGCAGUAAGCUUGCUGAGCAGGAGGAAGACCCUGAAAAGUUCCGAGAAGCCCUGGUGAAAUUUGAGUCCAGAUUUAAUUUUCCCGAAGCAGAGAAACUGAUCACCUAUUAUUCAUGCUGCUGUUGGAAAGGAAAAGUUCCUCGGCAAGGCUGGCUUUAUUUGAGUAUCAAUCAUCUCUGUUUUUAUUCCUUCUUCCUGGGCAAAGAACUGAAACUUAUCAUUCCUUGGGUUGAGGUCCAGAAGCUGGAAAGAACCUCCAACGUCUUCAUGACCGACACCGUCCGGGUCACCACACCGAACAAAGAACGCGAUUUCUCCACGUUCCUCAACAUAGCUGAGGCAUUCCGGAUCAUGGAGCAGCUGGCAGAUGUAACACUCCGAAGGCUGCUGGAUAACGAGAUCUUUGAGCUGGAUCCAGGCCUACAGGAUCCUACUCAGAUUACCAAGAGGGAUCUUGAAGCCAGAGCACAAAACGAAUUCUUUCGGGCCUUCUUCAGAUUGCCCAGGAAGGAGAAGCUGCAUGAAGUUGUAGACUGUUCUCUCUGGACACCAUUUAGUCGCUGUCACACAGCAGGAAGAAUGUAUACUUCAGACAGUUAUAUCUGUUUUGCCAGCAAAGAAAAUGGCUGCUGCAAUGUUAUCAUCCCACUUAGAGAGGUAAUCAGUAUAGAGAAGAUGGAGGACACAAGUCUUCUUCCUAAUCCCAUCAUUGUUAGCAUAAGGAGUAAGACUGCCUUUCAGUUCAUUGAGCUGAAGGACCGGGAUAUGCUGGUGGAGAACUUACUCCAGAGGCUAAAAAAAGUGAACUCCAGCAACCCAGUGCAGUGUAACAACUUGCAGAAUAAGAAGCAGAACACUCCUGAGUUCGCAUCCACCUGUGUGCUCGGGGACUGUGAGCCCGAGGGUCCGGGCACAGAGGCUGUGCAAAGCAAGGACAGAAGCAAAUGUGACAAGGAGAGCAGUUACAUGCUCAAUGCAGAAGCACUGAGAUCAGACUUUCAUCAGUCGGGAAUGGCAGGCCUUGAUUUUGGAAAGUCUAGGGAGCAAAUCAAAGAGAGUCUGUGGAAUGACCAUUUUGUAGAAUAUGGCAGAACAGUGUGCAUGUUUCGCACAGAGAAGAUCAGAAAACUUGUUGCUAUGGGAAUCCCUGAAUCCUUAAGAGGCAAACUCUGGCUGCUCUUUUCAGACGCUGUGACGGAUCUCGCCUCCCAUCCUGGUUACUACAUACAUUUAGUGGAGGCCUCCAUGGGCAAGUGUUGUAUGGCAACGGAGGAGAUCGAGCGCGACCUCCACCGCUCGCUGCCUGAACACCCGGCCUUCCAGAGCGAGACAGGGAUAGCGGCGCUCAGGAGGGUGCUGACUGCGUACGCGCACAGGAACCCCAAAAUUGGAUACUGCCAGUCGAUGAAUAUUUUGACCUCCGUGUUACUGUUAUAUGCCAAAGAGGAAGAAGCCUUCUGGCUGCUGGUUGCUGUGUGUGAGCGAAUGCUGCCAGACUACUUCAACCACCGGGUGAUAGGUGCUCAGGUAGACCAGUCGGUGUUUGAAGAGCUGAUAAAAGAGCAGCUUCCAGAACUGGCUGAACAUAUGAAGGAUCUGACUACAUUAGCUUCCAUUUCUCUUUCGUGGUUCCUCACCCUUUUUCUGAGCAUCAUGCCUCUGGAAAGUGCUGUGAAUGUCGUCGACUGCUUUUUCUAUGAUGGGAUCAAAGCCAUCUUCCAGCUAGGCUUGGCCAUACUUGAAGCCAAUGCGGUGGACUUGUGUAACAGCAAGGAUGACGGGCAGGCCCUGAUGAUUCUGAGCAGGUUUUUAGAGCACGUUAAAAAUGAGGAGAGCCCUCUGCCACCUAUUGGUAAUCACCAUGCAUUUUUCAGCGAUGAUCAGGAAGCCACUCCGGUGACUGAAAUCGCAAACCUGAUUCAUGAUUCCUACGAGAAAUUUGGAGACCACUCUGUGGAACAGAUAGAGCACAUGCGCUACAAACACAGAAUUCGUGUUCUGCAAAGCCACGAAGAUACAACCAAGCAAAAUGUGCUCCGAGUUGUCAUCCCAGAUGUUUCAAUUCUUCCCGAAGAUCUAGAGGAAUUGUAUGACUUGUUCAAGAGGGAACACCUCAUCAGAUGUUACUGGGACACGACGAGCCCCGUCGUCGAGCGACACGACCCCAGCAGGCCGUACGCUGAGCAGUACCGGAUUGACGCCCAGCAGUUCACGAACCUUUACAAGCUCGUCUCGCCCUGGACGUGUGGGGAGCACACCGAUGUCCUCGCCAAGAGGACGUUCCGGCUCCUGGAUGAGAACAUGGACCGUCUGAUCGAGUUCAAGGGGCUCGCCAGCUGCUUAGAUGUCAUGUAUAAUGGAGAAAUGAAUGAGAAGAUAAAGUUACUAUACAAGCUCCAUAUCCCGCCUGCUCUCACAGAAAAUGAAAGAGACAGCCAGUCACCACUGAAGAAUCCUUUGCUGUCAACUUCGAGACCACUAGUCAUUGGAAAAGCAAACGGUGAUGCAGUAGAUUACCAAAAGCAGUUGAAACAGAUGCUGAAGGAUCUCGCCAAAGAAAAGGAUACUAAAACUGAAAAAGAAUUGCCAAAAAUGAGCCAGAGGGAAUUCAUUCAGUUCUGCAAAACCCUGUACAGCAUGUUCCACGAAGAUCCAGAGGAGAACGACUUGUAUCAAGCCAUCGCCACCGUGACCACACUGUUACUGCAGAUUGGCGAAGUAGGACAACGGAGCAUCAGCCUGGGGAGCGGAUCGGAUGAGUUCACUGAGGACCUGCAGCCUGAGGCCGCUGCCACAGAUCAGGACGCCGUGUUUACUGACACUGCGAAGACCCCUCACAAAGACUCUCAAUCGUCACCGGUAACCGAAGGGGACUGGUCUGUCUCUUUUGAACAUAUUUUAGCGUCCCUCUUGACCGAACAGUCGUUAGUUAAUUUCUUUGAAAAGCCCUUAGAACUGAAACCAAAACUUGAGAACGCAAAACUACACCAAUACAGUCUCAAAACAAACGGCAUGAGCUGCCAGUCACGGGGCGAACAGACAAAACUAAGCACACAGUAGCAGCAAACCUGUCAAAAAACCGAAAUGCACUGACAUUAUGCCAAAGCACAUACUGUAAAAGGCUUUCAGUUAGCAGUGGACUUUUGAUAAACAAUUUGUUGGUCUGUGGUUUUCAGUUUAAUAGCUUUAAAAGCUAAAGAGUGUACAAGUUGUUUUGUGCCAUUGAUUUAUUAUGUUCUUGUUUUGAAUGUAAAAGGAAACAUCUGUCUACAGCAUGAAGACACUGAAGUCCUCUUCCGUACUGGGAGUACAGCAGAGGCUGGCUCAUCAUCAUUUUUUUUUUUUUAAAAAAAGAAAAAAACAGGGGAAAAAAUUCUCAGCUACCGUCUGCAGUUUGUUUGGGUUGCCUUUUUUGCACUAAUACUGAAAACCGUUUCAAUGCUGGUAAUUGAAACUAUUUUAAUAUAUUUGAGUCUAUUCCAAUUUGUAUGUCUUGCUGACAUGUUAAGUGUACAUGGACUGUGCUUCUGAUGUUGGUCUGUGAAAACAUGCACUUUUCAAUAAACCCUUUUUGUACUAGA